UCUGCCAAUCGCUGGAGGACAGAGUGGGAACAGGAAUAAGCAGAGUUAGGAGGCCAGGACAAAGAAGUUAAAGAGAGCCUAAUAUAUACAUGUUUUUGAAGGUGGGCAGAGGGAAAAAAAAAGUCCCCCCAGUGAGGGUCUAUGGGUCUGAUUGUGCGGUUCUGAUGGAGCCCCCCUUGAGCAAGAGGAACCCGCCAGCGCUGAGAUUAGCGGAUUUGGCAACGGCUCAGGCCAGGCCGCUUCAGAAUAUGACAGGCUUCCCGGCGCUGUCCAGCCCGCCCGCCCACUCUCACCUCCGCACCACAGCCACGCACCUCCGCCCUCGGGACCUGAGCGCUGACCCCGGCGUGGCCAUCACUCCGCUCGGACCCGAGCACGUGGCUCAGGCGAGCGCGCUCGGCCUCAGCCCUCCCUCCCAGGCGCUCCCGGCACAGCCCGAGGGGCCCGCGGCCGCCGCCCGCGCCGCACUCUCGGUCGCGCACCCCGGCGUCGGCACCUACCCGGGUGGCGGGGGCAGCAGCCGCGCGCAGCCCUCCGCGCCCCCGCCCCCAGCCCCUCCUCUUCCUCCCUCCCCUUCACCCCCUCCUCCUCCCCCUCCCCCUCCUCCUGCCCUCUCGGGCUACACCACCACCGACAGUGGCGGCGGCGGCAGCAGCGGCAAAGGCCACAGCAGGGACUUCGUCCUCCGGAGGGACCUUUCCGCCACGGCCCCCGCGGCGGCCAUGCACGGGGUCCCGCUUGGAGGGGAGCAGCGGUCUGGCACCGGCUCCCCCCAGCACUCGGCCCCGCCUCCCCACUCGGCCGGCAUGUUCAUCUCCGCCAGCGGCACCUACGCGGGCCCGGACGGCAGCGGCGGCGGGGGCCCGGCGCUCUUUCCUGCGCUGCACGACGCUCCGGGAGCCCCCGGCGGCCACACGCACCCGCUCAACGGCCAGAUGCGCCUGGGGCUGGCGGCGGCCGCAGCAGCCGCCGCGGCGGAGCUGUACGGCCGCACCGAGCCGCCCUUCGCGCCGCGCUCCGGGGACGCGCACUACGGGGCGGUGGCGGCGGCUGCGGCCGCCGCCCUGCACGGCUACGGAGCGGUGAACUUAAACCUGAACCUGGCAGCAGCGGCAGCGGCCGCGGCGGCCGGGCCCGGACCCCACCUGCAGCACCACGCGCCGCCCCCGCCGCCGCCGCCGCCGCCUCCGCCGCCGGCGCCCGCGCAGCACCCGCACCAGCACCACCCCCACCUCCCAGGGGCGGCCGGGGCCUUCCUGCGCUACAUGCGGCAGCCAAUCAAGCAGGAGCUCAUCUGCAAGUGGAUCGACCCCGACGAGCUGGCCGGGCCGCCGCCGCCGCCACCACCGCCCCCGGCCGGCGGCGCCAAGCCCUGCUCCAAAACUUUCGGCACCAUGCACGAGCUGGUGAACCACGUCACGGUGGAGCACGUGGGCGGCCCCGAGCAAAGCAACCACGUCUGCUUCUGGGAGGAAUGUCCGCGCGAGGGCAAGCCCUUCAAGGCCAAAUACAAGCUCAUCAACCACAUCCGCGUGCACACGGGCGAGAAGCCCUUUCCCUGCCCGUUCCCGGGCUGCGGCAAGGUCUUCGCGCGCUCCGAGAACCUCAAGAUCCACAAGCGCACUCAUACAGGGGAAAAGCCUUUCAAAUGUGAAUUUGAUGGCUGUGACAGGAAGUUUGCCAACAGCAGCGAUCGCAAGAAACAUUCCCACGUCCACACCAGCGACAAGCCCUACUACUGCAAGAUCCGGGGCUGUGACAAGUCCUACACUCACCCCAGCUCUCUGAGGAAACACAUGAAGAUUCACUGCAAGUCCCCCCCGCCUUCUCCAGGAGCCCUUGGUUACUCCUCAGUGGGGACUCCAGUGGGUGCCCCCUUGUCCCCUGUGCUGGACACAACCCGGAGUCGCUCUAGCACUCUGUCCCCUCAGGUGACCAACCUCAAUGAGUGGUAUGUUUGCCAGGCCAGCGGAGCCCCCAGUCACCUUCAUACACCUUCCAGCAAUGGAAGCACCUCGGAGUCUGAAGACGAGGAGAUGUAUGGGAACUCUGAGGCUGCGCGGACCAUACGUUAGAAUUUACUCGUGAUAAUAAUAAUAAGUCAUAAGUGGGAGUCCUUGGACCGUAUCCUAACCUGAGACAAUGCCGAGCCUGAGACAAACCCUUGACUCAGACUUGCCACCGGGUCUAAUUAGCCCUAUUUAUUCCGUUUGAAACCCUAUGGUGUUUGUACAUUUAAUUAAUUUAAUUAAGAUAUUUGGGCUUUUUCUUUCUUCUUCUUAGAAAACAAACAAAUAAAAAAAAACAAUCGAACCGGACUUGUACGUUGCAGGGGGACAGGGCUAGGAGCAAGAUGUACCAAGGGUUAAUCGAGAUCCACACUGCCAAUGCAAUAUCCGUAGACUUUGGAAGGAGUGAGAAAAAGCAUGAAGUCAGAACUGCACAGAGCAACAAGGCCCUCUGCAUUUCCCGCAGUGCCUCGAGAAUGCCUUUACCACCACAACCUGGGCUGCUUUGGAGCCUCUCUGCCUCCUCCUUGGGCCCUAAGUCUAAAAAGGCCUCUUGAUUGUAAGCCACACACUUGCUGCAUCACCAACAGAUCUCAGACUGUACCUGUGUCCAAAACUAUUUGUAAAAACCCUUUAAGUUCGAAUAGUUGUCAUUUGAAAUUCCCACUCUUUUCUUACGAUCUCCUCUUAACGCACUAUUUUUAUACAGGAUUGUUUCCCCAGUACCCUGCCUGUGUGACGGAAAGAGAAAAAGAUGCAGCAGACUUAACAUGUCUCCAUUGACUGUGCUACUGUGAUUGUUCCAGCAAAAGUGGAGAGAAGCGCUGCUGCAGUAGACAACUGUGCAACUGUGAUUUUUUGUGAAAUAGAAGAAAUUCAAGUGCUCUCCUUUUUCUCUGUGGGUUUUUUUUUCUUUUUUUUAAAAUCUGAAAUCUCAGAUGCUGCCUCUUGAUUGGGUCCAAACUUCUCAUGUAAUAAAAAAAUAAGUCUUGGUUAAGUGUUUGGGAUUGCCAAAAUUAACAGGCAAAUAAGUCUAAGGAGGUGUGAUGUCGGCAACAUGCCUAUUUUAGGGAAAGCUGAUGUUUUUAAAACAGGCCAAGCCCUCUUUUAUACUGUUGUAUCAACCUUUUAAAAAGUAUUUAUUUUUCAAUGCCCGAAACUGCAUUUUUGUGCAUUUUUUUCCCUCCACCUGAGCACCGAGCGCACGGAACUGGAUCCCAGUUGAAAACGACAGUGUGUGAAGUGUACGAUUUACAUUAAAAGAGGGGAGGGAGUUGCUGUACAUAUUAAAAUUUUUUAAAAGGUUUAUAGUUACCACCAAACACUGAUGAAUGUGUGACCUUUGCCAGAGCUGUCAAGCAAGGAUAAAAAAGGUCAAGGACCUAGGACAAUAACUCUUAGUCAAUUUAUUUGCAGUCCGUGCAACACAUCUCGUGCAAAAUCUAGCCCAUCAUAAACAUCAUACAACUAUACUAAAGAGCACUAAUUUAUCCUCAGAGACCCUGAAGACACCCCCUCCCCAGGGUUUGUAGAAAUUUGUUUUGUGUGCUGUGAGUGGUUGAUGCAGUCUUGUCAUUGUUAAUAACGUGUGUGAACACUAUUAUUUGUACAGUUGAAUUAAUUUAUUUUCAGACAUCAUCCUUUGUUUUUUUCCUGGAAGAGUUCAAAGCACACCAAAGAAUUAUAUUAUACAUUUUGGUGAAAGAUUGUCGUUUAUGACCCACGGUUUAUUUAAGGAAAAAAAAAGAAGAAAAAAGGAAAGAAAAUGGGGAAAUAUAUUUUUAAGCUUACUUGAAUGAACAACGUAAUGUGAAAACCAGGACUCUUCCUGCAUGUCUUUUUUGCAUUGUGUUGACGAGAUUAUAUAUAGUUUAUAGAUAUAUUAUAUUACUAGUACAGUGCAUGGUGCUGUCACUUUGAAAGCCUUUCAAUGUUGUCUUCAGAUUGUUACAGUGACUAUGAAACAUGCAGACCCUCCUUUAUAAAGAAAAAGACCAUAAAACUUGAAUAUAAAAUAAUUCUACAUUUUUAAAGUUUAUUUGCUUUUCAUAUACCCACUUUCAGAGCUCUUUCAAAUAGACAAAGUAGAUAUGGACUUCGGGGGGAUAAUUUAUGUAUCGUAAACUUAUUAGAACAAAAUAUUCCUGAUUUAUAAUGAGUUGUUUUAUUUAUACAACUUUUUCAAUGGUAGUUUGCACUAUUCUUUAUUAUGCUACAGGUUUAUUUAUUAUGAAACAAAGGAAUAUGUAUUUUAUGUAUUUUGCCAUGCCUAGGGUCGCUCUGCCACAGAUUUAUUGGUUCCCAAUACACCGAAAAUGAAAACUUAAAAAUGUGUACCUCCACUAGAAAGAAAGCAAGAAUGAUUAUGAAGUUAAAAAUUUAAUAAAGGUAUUCUUCCUA